CGCAGGCAGCAGGGCAGGCGCGCGAGGGCGCUGGCCUCGGCGCUGCCCGACGGCGGCGACGACGCGCUGCGCGGCGCGGCGAGCGAGGCCGCACAGCACGAGGAGCUGCAGCAUCUCAGCGGCAGUGGCCCGCUCCUCGGGGCGCCGCAUGCAGCGGAUGGGGUUGCUGCUUCCGGCAGUGGCCCGCUCCUCGGGGAGCCGCGUCUGGGGGAUGCUGUGCCUGUUGCGGGCGGCAGCGGUCCAGGCUGCGCCCCGAUCCAGGCCAAAAUCUCCACGGGGCCUUUCCGCAUGGGAUGUGCAGAGGUGCAGGUUCUCCGUGGCAGUGGCCCGCUCCUCGAGGCGCCUUUGUCUGGAGCUGCGCAGUAUCUCAGCGGCAGUUGCCCGCUCAUCGGGGUAUGCUGUGCUUGACGGCAAGGUGCUCGGCGAGGCGGUCGAGGCCGCCAAGCAGGUCUUCGACUGCAUGCGCAGCUGGAAGCGCGGCCUGGGGGAGCCAGUCCCGCUGGGGGCCCCAAUGCCCAUGCACUGGUACAGGCAGUUGGCCACAGCCUGUGAUACCUUUGUGGCGAGUGCAAUCCAGUUUUCAGGGCCGUAAUUCUAGUUUGAAGGCCGGGUGCUGCGUCCUCAUGGGCUUGCCGCUGCCGCCUGUGGUGUGCGGCGACCUCGUGGGCACUGUCUCUGUGUUCUGGCCCAAACAGUCGCUCCGGGUGCAGGUGGUCGACAUCGUGAGCAGUGACGGGUGCCAGGCGACCAGCAAGGAGGUGAAGGUCGACGAGGUGGACGACGACGCGGAGAUCGAGGCGGAGCUGGCGGCGCUGCUGGCGCCGCGGGCCGUCUCGGAACUCGGCGGCGAGGACGAGGUCGUUCGAGAGGCCUUCGAGGGCUCGGCGGCAGGGGCUGCAAGCACCUGCCCAAGCCUGCCCUGAGCAAGGGGGCCAAGAAGGAGGAGAAGGCGGCCGUGGACCAGCAGGCCGCCGACGAGGCCGUGGCGCGGGCCAGGCGGGAGCACGAGCUGGCGAGCGCCGAGUGCGCUGCGCUCGAGGCUCGGCUGGCUGCAGCCCGUGCUGCGGGGCCAUGAUGAAUGCCCCCUCCUGAGGCCGCUGGCCUUUCCCGCGCCUCGGGCGCGGGGGUGGGUCGCGUCGGCAAGGAUCGGCGCGCUCCUGCUUCGCUC